AUGGGAAGGCUGUCCGAGAUCUACCAGGGAGUGCGCGAGGACGCAAGUGACUGCUGGGCCUCGCUCUGUGGGUUCCGAUUCAUCCACCUAGUUGACCGACCCAGGAACUGCGGUGAGAGCCGCCGGAGAAACGGUGUGGAUGCGCCGGUAGUGCCUGAGGAAGGGGCUGGCCUUGACGGGCAGGGGCCUGAGUGGCAGCCGCUGGUAACGGUGCAGCCGCAGCCUGAACCGCGGCCGGAGUCGAGUAGCUUAUUGCAGGAUUUGCGGGUGCAGAAGUAG